CCUGUAUCCUAUUCCGGAGGCAGAGGGUGAAGCGGCUGCUGAAGAGCGGUUCCCGGGCGCCGAGCUGAGGUGGUGACUGGCAGAGAGUGAUGGCACUGGGCUGGGGCUGGCUGUGGCGGUGCUGGGCCCAUCGGAGCGCCUGCCAGGCCUGGGGCUCCCAGCCGGCAGCAUGGCACACAGGAGCCGCAGGGAAGGUGCUCCACUCUCGGAUGAGAUCAGCGCAGUUCAUCCAUCCAAUGAGCUACAACCGGCGAGCAUCUUCCAGACUUUUACACACGGUACCCAGUUCAUGCUGCUACAGCAAGACCAACAGCGAAGCUAAGUACAAAGACCCAUUCAAGCUUGGAAGCAGUGACCUGAAGUCUCUCUAUGAUGAUAUCAAGAAGGAGCUGCUUGUAACAACCAAGGAACUGAAAGACAUGUGUGAAUAUUACUUUGAUGGGAAAGGGAAAGCGUUAAGACCGAUGCUGGUUGUGCUAAUGGCACGAGCAUGUAAUAGUCAUUAUAAUAAUUGUAGAGAGGUGCAGCCUGAGCAGCGCUCUAUUGCCGUUAUAGCAGAAAUGAUCCAUACGGCUAGUUUAGUACACGAUGAUGUCAUUGAUGGUUCCGAUUCACGAAGGGGCAAAAAAACUGUUAAUCAGAUCUGGGGUGAAAAAAAGGCUGUCCUUGCUGGAGAUUUUAUACUUUCGGCUGCUUCAGUAGCUUUAGCAAAGAUUGGAAAUACCACUGUCCUCUCUAUACUGUCUCAGGUCAUUGAAGAUUUGGUGCGUGGUGAAUUCUUACAGCUUGGUUCCAAAGAGAAUGAAAAUGAAAGAUUUGCUCACUACCUCGAAAAAACCUUUAAGAAGACUGCAAGUCUCAUAGCCAACAGCUGUAAAGCAGUUUCGAUCUUGGCAUGCCCUGACCCGAAGAUCCAUGAGAUUGCAUAUCAGUAUGGGAAGAACAUAGGCAUAGCUUUCCAGCUUAUAGAUGAUGUGCUGGACUUUACAUCUUGUGCUGAUCAGCUAGGGAAACCAACAGCUGCAGACCUUAGACUGGGACUUGCAACCGGUCCUGUUUUAUUUGCUUGCCAAAAGUUUCCAGAGUUAAAUGCAAUGAUAUUGAGAAGAUUCAGUUUACCUGGAGAUGUUGAACUAGCAUGGCAGUAUGUGAGUGAGAGUGAUGGUGUUCGCCAAACAACCUACCUCGCCCAGCGCUACUGUACUGAAGCCAUCCGCGAGAUUAGCAAGCUUCAGCCAUCCCCGGAGAGAGAUGCGCUUAUUCAGCUAACAGAAACCGUGCUCACAAGGGACAAAUAACACCUGUGGACUUGCACACUCCCUGGCAGCUCCCACCAAACUGUGCCUAAUGCAACACUUUAAAACACAGCCAGCGCUACUUCCUGUGCAGGCCACCAAAAAGAUCUUAAAUAGCUGUUGUCUACAUUAAAGUACUGUACUUUUUUUAACUUAUCCAGUGUAAGCCAUAUAUGACUUAUUGUCCAGAACAGUGGUAAAGAAAAGGGAUUUUAUUUUUCUUAGGGAACAUUUUACAAUAUGUAUCAAAUUAUCAAGGAGUUUUUAUUUUAAAGACCCAUACAUAUGCUUACUCACAAGUGAGUUGAGGGGAAAAAAGUUUGCAAAAAGUAAUAUUCAUAGUUUGUGGUUGUAACAGAAUUUGAGUCACAUCUGGAAUAUUCUGAGAAUGAAUUCAAGAUGGCAGAGGGUGUAGAGUAAUAAGGGAGAUAUAGCCACGGCUCUAGUAAAUUAUGGUAAAGGUGAAAUUAAAUGUACAGUAGGAGGAUUAUUCACUAAAGUGUGAUUUAUUGGGAAUUCAAAGUGCAUUUCAAAUUUUAGAAUAAAACAAAUAACCCAAGAAUAUUUUCCAGUUUGGCUUUGCGGUCAAAUUUGAAAUUCAGUUUGAAUUCCUGAUAUUUUACAUUCACAAAUAACUAACCCUGUAAGUGUUUGCAUGUAGCUGCGUAUUGGCUGGCUGUAGAUUUAGGAAUGUCCAGGUCUGGCACAAAGUCAUGGUUCCACUUUAUAGGCAGUAAAUAUCUAUACAUUGUGUAUUUCAAAGAGACUGGCCUAUUCCUUUAUACACUAUUUAACAGUGCAGUAAAUACUACAUCUAUGGGAGCUGGCUGCAGCCAACCCUUAAGUCCUAGAAUUGCUUUCCACAAUUCUCAGAUUCCAGCUGUAUACCAAGGAUUGUAGGAUGCCACAUGCAUUUGGUGGUUGCAUGUAUUUGUCAGCACUAUGCAUAGAUUAAAUGUAUACCUACCUUGUCACACAUUUUUGUAAUGGCAGCUCAAGCUAUCUUGUGUACAACAGUUGAUAGACACGUAAUUUUUGGAGAGGAUGUUUUGUUUUUUCCUUUAAAAAAAUAAAAACACGUUUAUGUACCUGUCAUGUUACACACACUUUAAGGUAAAAAAUGCAUUAAAUUGCAUCUCUACAUUAUGCUAGCAAAUGUGGAGUAAAAGGCACAACCCAUUUAAAAAAGAAAAUUAAAAUUAUAUACGGUAUGUCAUUCACCACAUUUCAAUCAAAUAUUUAACGUUUUUGAUUUACCUCCAAUGUACUUUUAUGGAAAAAGUUUACCAACAAGCCAGCGAUAUGUGCUGUUAUUUUAAUCCGCAUUAAAUCCCUGGCCCGGGCAAUCAUUUGCAUUUUAUUAAGUAAAAUAUGACUAAUUGCUGGAUGCAAGUUACCAAAUCACUCUGGCACUUGAUUGAUGUUGAUUUGUAUUUAUCCCUUUUCCUUACUAUUGCUACUGUAUAAAAUGUACCAUUACCUGUGCUGGAUCAGCCUGUGUUGUAUUUGGUUGGCAUAAACAAGCCUUGUUUACAUUGGUGAUAGACUUGUGUGCAGAGGCCACCAUAAGAAAUAAACCUGAUGAAUGUAUCUGGUAUUGUGUGCUUCGACAUCUUCAUGUUCAAUCUGUUGUCGCCAAACUUUUGUCAACAAUAAAUAUACUUUUUUUUU